AUGCCCAUGGCUAUGAUGAAGCGCCUGGUCGUGGUCGUCUCAGCUGCGGCUGCGCUGUCUCAAGACUGCCGGCAGGAAGCUUGUCCGUUGGAAGUUGAGGACGCCUCCCUGAUGCAAGAUGCGCCCGCAAGGUCCUCCGUAAAGGAGGCAGAUCGGAUCGAUGGACCUUGGAAGAAGUGGCAGCAACGGAGGUGGAAGCAAGGGUGGUGGCAUGGACGGCGGGGCUACUAUGGUUACUCUGGAGGGAAUGGAGGGAAUCCCACCACAAGGACAACGACCUCAGUGCCGGCAGCAGAGGGGAAGGUGCUUUUGUGUGAGGAUGCAGAGCCACAGUCACCACGAGAUCUUACUCCUGGCUUCGUGGGUGGCCUGGAGCCCCGGGUGCGUCCCUUGAACGGCGAUGCCACUCCACGUUUCAUCCAGGCGAACCUCCACUUCCACCUCGGUGCCGAGCACAAAUCCAACAUCACCAACGGCUACUUCCAGAGCGCCGAGGACGUUGGGCUCGCAACUCCUCUGGUGCGCCCGCAGUCGUCCCCGUCCAUCCGUGAAGGCUUCUUCUGCGGCCUGGAUGAUGUGAGCAGUGACGAUCGGGACUACUACAACUUCGUGCAUUGCGAUGGUGUCAGUGUGAACUACACCUACGAGUUCCAUUGGGUGUACUCCACCGGUGCGCCGCUCGAGGGUCUCCGUGACGAAGGGGCCGAGGGUCAGCUGGGUAUCACGGACGGUCUGGGGGGUGCCGCGGCCCGCACCGUCAACCCUAAGUUGAUCGUCCGUGCGCAAGUCUGCCGGAUCAUCUACAACAAGAGCCUGGACAUGGACGCAUCUCUCGUGGACGCGGACUAUGAUAACUUCCUUCAGAAGUGGCGCCAGCCACCGGAGACACGGGGAGUCCGCUACCUCGGCUCCACCACUGGAACGGACUUCAACAACUCCGUUUGCUCGCCUCUGGAGGUGAACUGGCAUGUAGACACGGAGUGCUGCACUCUCUCCGCGCAGACCUUCGACAGGCUUUGCCUUGAGAUGAGCCGCCAGGGGUUGGUGAAGGACCUCGCACCGAAGCCAUCCCGGGAACUGGUGAGCCGAAACCUCUCCGCCGUGGUGACCUACCCUCUGGCUGUAUCGCCCCUACCAGAAAUCCUUCAGUGA